CAUGAAUGUAAAGCCUCCGUCCCACCACGACCACCACAUCGGCGUCAUGUCCAUCGAGCGCGCCCUCCUGCUGGCCGCCUACGGGCUGCUGCUGGCCGGCCUGGUGGCGCGGCUGUGCCUGCCGCGUGUGGAGGCGGCGCUGUUUGACGCCUUCAACGAACUGGACACGCGGCUGUUCUGGGACAACCUCGUCCUGGCCAUGGGUGUGUGGGCGUGGGCGUGGGCGUGGGAGCGGGCGGGUUGACACGCGGGAGCCUGUCGGGGCCAUGGAACCUGGACGUACGUGAAGCCUACCAACACAUCAAGGUUACCGUGAACCCAUCAGAGCGUCAUGUGCCUGGGGUUGACAAGGCAAGUAUUGCGCCGGCCAAAACCUCCUUUCCAUGUGCAGGAUGCGGUAUCCCGCUGUCGCCUCG